AUGGCAACUAUUGAGCUAGAGCUCGAUCUGGAGCCUGUCUCGCAGGAGGAUACAGAGCUCAGCAUCAUUGAGUACGCCCGGUCGCACGGAAUCUGUGUAGACUACACAACUGAACGCUUGCACACUGUCGGUAUUCAGGUGCCAUCGAGUGAUGACAUUGAUCAAGAUUUCUCCGGUCCCUCAGAUGCUGACGUUAGGAGUACUACCGAGGCACUGAUCAAAGAGCGGCUUGCGAUAAACAGAGAUGCAGCUCUUUUUUUGAAAUCGGCAUAUUCUCUUCAGGAGGUGCUUACAUUUGAUCCAUUCGCGACAGACAGGCGGAGAUGGAUGCUCGAUCUGAAACUGGAACUUCCGGUCCUCAAAUCCGACUACGAGCUCGACUUACUGAGCUUUGGCAGUACAGCGUUACCCGAGUUCCGAGAACUACUAAUACCAUCCGAAGUUAUUGUUGAGCAGAACGACGAAGGACUGGAGUGGCCGAAAAAGUAUCUGGACUAUUCUGCGCAGUGCGAUGCAAAAGCCAGGAGUGAGAGGCUCUGCAUCUCCAAAGAUGCACUCAUUUACCUGCAAAAUACUCUGAAGGAUGCAUGGGUACGAGAGGAUUGUCAGAGAAUUGUAAAUGAGACUCUGCAAUAUAAACCGACUACCCAACUUAUCACACCACCACUGCUUCCACAGUCCCCGACACUGACCCCAUACAUUCCAUCGCCACCUGCCAAUCGUCUACCGCUAGCUUCUGAAAGUAGUGAUUCGGUUGCUGUAGAAGCUCAAGCCUUGCACAGUCAGAUAUUGUCAGUAGACUCUCUUCUGCGUCAGGACUCAGAUAGCAGUGACUCAAUGCUACUCGACAUCACUCAUACGCCACAAGUCAGCCCAACCUUCGAAACGCGCUCAUUAUCUGUAUUGAAACGUAGAGCUGAGGAUUUGAAAGUAGAGUGUCCUCUAACACCACCCAUGUUUUCUACUUCUCCCAGGAAGAAGCUCAAGUCCGUUUCUUUUGCAGAAACGCCGCACGAGUACAUCUCGAACCAACCAAUGGGGAAAGAAAAGAUCAAUGGCGACUUUGACGACAAUAUCGACGAGACUUCCAGUAUCGACUUUGAUGGACUUGUCCAGGAACUUGCGCCACUGGCUGAACGAGCGAAGAAAAUGAUUGAGAAUGAGCGACUGUCUGGUGCUGACACAACUGCGCGGGUUGAUGUGCCGGAUGUCGACUUUUCACUGCCUGCGGCACCCUGGGACGAAUACAGUCAGCAAAAAGGUGACGACUGUCUUCCUGGUGACACAGGAUUACAAGCGCAAACAGAGUUUUUGUUGAGAAUCAAACGUGAGGAUCUCAAGUCGAUGAACUUAUGGCAUGGUCUAUCAGUCUCAGAAAGGGAACUACCCUGGGGCUUUUUGAUGACCAAAGUUUCAACAUUGAGUUUAGAAGAGAAGCUCCAUGGUGAUUCUGAGAUAGACAGAAUCAUUAUGAGAACAACGAUGGAGAGCAUUGCAACUAGCGCAGCGCAAGUGUGGAAACGUGAAGGUUUGCGAAUCCUCGAUGGAGAGGAAGAAGAGGAAAACCUAGAACCAGAUGAAACUAGAGAAAGGCGGGACAUGGAAUCUUUGCUACGUAAGCGGAAAUUGGAGAUCGAGGAGGAAGCCGCAGAGCAGUACCGCAGACAAAAGGUCUCGCAGUAUGAUGAGCGGAAAGACUAUGGAUACCCCACACAAGCGCAACAAAAUCACUACGAAGAUGAAGCCGUGUCGAUACAACACCGCCUACCGAGAUCGCAAGUAAAGCCAAUGGAGUACAGCCGCGAACGGCCGCCAGCAUCGACUGCUCGUCGGAAGAGUCUACAACCACCUGAUGGUAUCGGUAAUGGGCUCAUGUUUGGAGGCUUUUCAGCGACCACGGCGCUUCACAAGUUCAUGGAAACACGUGGAAAACAUGUAGAGUCUGCUCGCACUAGUACGAGCAAAACGCCUCUAAUCGAACAUUGCCCCCAGUCAGAGACUCCGACCCUAGGUAUACCGUCGAAAGGGCCUUCUGAUUCAACAGAGCUCCAGGCUCAGCAAACAACAACUGAGCCAAAAGAGACAGAUAAAUCACAGGGGCAAACAUGCGAAGAGACCGAGCCCACACUCCCUGCCAUCCCGAGCAAUCUGGCGCCUUGCUCAUUCGUGAUCUCUUCAACCUUCUUACAGCAAAGAGGAUUGCUGAAACGAAUUGAACAACUUUACCCAAUGGCUGAAAUGAUUUACCGAGACUAUACACUGCCCCACUCACCAGCUAAGGAAGCGGAGAUGAUCCUUUCGCCAUCCACGGGCCUGAUUUUUACUACGUUGCAGAAAGUCAAACAACGAGCCCUACCUGGCCAGCCAGAUCGAUCACAAGUAAAGGAGUCUGUACUCGAACUGCAGUCGAGAUAUGAGAGGUUAGUAGUUGUGGUCAGCGAAGGACUGAGCCGUGAGAUGGAAGCGCUAGGCUCGAGCCGACCAGAUGAUUCACGUGAUCAAGAUGCGCUGAAAGCUUUCGAGGCCUUUUCAACUCAAGCUGAAAGCGAUGUACUUGUUCAAUAUGUCCGUGGAGGUGAGAAGGCUCUCGCGAACUCCAUAGUGGUGGAGAUGUCGAAAUAUGGAUUGCCAUACGGCUCGGUGGAUAUUUGCGACAUAAGGCUAGUAGCGCAAGAGACAAGCUGGGAAUGCUUUCUACGCCGAAUUGGGCUAAAUCCUUUUGCCGCGCAGGCGAUCGUGGCAUGGCUCAAACUGCCCGUCAACGUACAAGUUCCACUUCUCUCAAGCUCAUCCCUUCCAUCUGUCCAUUCGAAGAGUGUAUCAGUAGCCAGACUCCCGCGCUUCUUGACAAUGAGCGAAGAACAAAGGAUACACUGCUUUCAUGCUCUUAUGGGUGGAAGCAGGAUCUUGAAUAGAGUUAGUAAGCUGCUAGACCAGGAGUGGCUCAGCGCGGCGCAUGGUUUCAGGAUGUGA